GCACUAAAGAUGGAGAGGCGCCUGGGCCUCGCAGGGGAGGGGGCUCGGCGUUGACGUGGGACGCGGCGGAGGCGCCGCAGCCGGUGGUGAUUUGCUAACCUCACAGCACAGAGGAGUUGAGGGCGAUGAGAGCGGGUACUGCGAACUGCCGGGCGAUGCCGCCGCUGCCGCCGUGAUACCGAGAGCAACAGUUCCCCAGCAACACCCCUCCCGACACAGGCACACCCCCCAAGAGGCACGCACACCCACCCCACAGCGCCCGGCUCGGCAGUGCCCUCUCCACUGGCCCAGGAAACCCACCCUGCCCUGCCACGCAGAGCCAGGAAGGAAAGAGAGCCUCAUGCCUAAGCCUCGGGGAGCACCAUGGAUCUGACAAAGAUGGGCAUGAUCCAGCUGCAGAACCCCAGCCACCCCACGGGGCUCCUUUGCAAGGCCAACCAGAUGCGGCUGGCCGGGACGCUGUGCGAUGUGGUCAUCAUGGUGGACAGCCAGGAGUUCCACGCCCACCGGACCGUGCUGGCCUGCACCAGCAAGAUGUUCGAGAUCCUCUUCCACCGCAAUAGCCAGCACUAUACUCUGGACUUCCUCUCUCCAAAGACCUUCCAGCAGAUUCUGGAGUAUGCGUACACGGCCACGCUGCAAGCCAAGGCGGAGGACCUGGAUGACCUGCUGUACGCAGCUGAGAUCCUGGAGAUCGAGUACCUGGAGGAGCAGUGCCUGAAGAUCCUGGAGACCAUCCAGGCCUCAGACGACAAUGACACGGAGGCAACCAUGGCGGACGGCGGGGCCGAGGAGGAAGAGGACCGCAAGGCUCGGUAUCUCAAGAACAUCUUCAUCUCGAAGCAUUCCAGCGAGGAGAGUGGGUAUGCCAGCGUAGCUGCUCAGAGCCUCCCUGGGCCCAUGGUGGACCAGAGCCCUUCCGUCUCCACCUCAUUUGGCCUUUCCGCCAUGAGUCCCACCAAGGCGGCAGUGGACAGUUUGAUGACCAUAGGACAGUCUCUCCUGCAGGGGGCUCUUCAGCUGCCUGCCAGGCCUGAGGAACCGACUCUGGCUGGGGUUGGGCGGCACCCUGCGGUGGCCGAGGUGAAGCCGGAGAUGAUGCAGGUGGAUGAGGUGCCCGGCCAGGACAGCCCUGGGGCAGCCGAGUCUAGCAUCUCAGCCGGGAUGGGGGACAAGGUUGAGGAAAGGGGCAAGGAGGGACCCGGGACCCCAACUCGGAGCAGCGUCAUCACCAGCGCUAGAGAGCUGCACUAUGGACGUGAGGAGAGCGCCGAGCAGCUGCCGCCUCUAACCGAGGUUGGCCAGGGUCCCCCAGGCCGACCGGAGCCCCCCGCGCCCCCUGCUGAGAAACACCUGGGCAUCUAUUCCGUGCUGCCCAACCACAAGGCCGAUGCCGUUUUGAGCGUGCCGUCUUCGGUGACCUCGGGCCUCCAUGUGCAGCCCACCCUGGCCGUCUCCAUGGACUUCAGCACCUACGGGGGUCUGCUGCCCCAGGGCUUCAUCCAGAGGGAGCUGUUCAGCAAGCUGGGGGAGCUGGCGGUGGGCAUGAAGGCAGAGAGCCGCACUGUCGGGGAACAGUGCAGCGUCUGCGGGGUGGAGCUUCCUGACAACGAGGCCGUGGAGCAGCACAGGAAGCUGCACAGUGGGAUGAAGACGUACGGGUGUGAGCUCUGCGGAAAGCGGUUCCUGGAUAGUUUGCGACUGAGAAUGCACUUACUGGCUCAUUCAGCGGGUGCCAAAGCCUUUGUCUGUGAUCAGUGUGGUGCCCAGUUUUCGAAGGAGGAUGCCCUGGAGACACACAGGCAGACCCAUACUGGCACGGACAUGGCUGUCUUCUGUCUGCUGUGCGGGAAGCGUUUCCAGGCGCAGAGUGCACUCCAGCAGCACAUGGAGGUCCACGCGGGCGUGCGCAGCUACAUCUGCAGCGAGUGCAACCGCACCUUCCCCAGCCACACAGCCCUCAAACGCCACCUGCGCUCACACACAGGUGACCACCCGUACGAGUGUGAGUUCUGCGGCAGCUGCUUCCGGGAUGAGAGCACGCUCAAGAGCCACAAGCGCAUCCACACGGGCGAGAAACCCUACGAGUGCAACGGCUGCGGCAAGAAGUUCAGCCUCAAGCACCAGCUGGAGACGCACUAUCGAGUGCACACAGGUGAGAAGCCCUUUGAGUGCAAGCUGUGCCACCAGCGUUCCCGGGACUACUCGGCCAUGAUCAAGCACCUGCGGACGCACAACGGCGCGUCGCCCUACCAGUGCACCAUCUGCACGGAGUACUGCCCCAGCCUGUCCUCCAUGCAGAAGCACAUGAAGGGCCACAAGCCCGAGGAGAUCCCGCCCGACUGGAGGAUAGAGAAGACUUACCUCUACCUGUGCUAUGUGUGAGGCGCCUGCGGCGGGGGCGGCGGGGGACAAGAGGAGUAGAGACGGAGCGGGAUGACGUCCAGGAGGACCGUGAGGAAAACACAACAAAAAACAAACAAACGAGAAACAACAAAGAAAAAAGAGAGAGAGAAGGAGAAGGAAACCUGGGAGCUGUCGGGCUCUGGGUUCUCUCUGGGGCCCCAGGUGACCUGGAUGCCUGGCUGAGCCCCUCCCCUUGGGCCUCCAUCCCUCCUUUCCCGGCUGGAGCUUGGCCUGCUCUUCUUGGAUGGAGGUGGAGGGGCUUUUGUUCAGCUCGGAUGGGGGGAUGUUCUCUUCCCUCCGCCCAGAUCCUCCUUUUGUGUCCGGAAAUGGAGACUAGGAAGGGGGGAGGCUCCUCCAGUCAGAGCCAAACCACCUCUGCCUGCCGUGCUCUCACUGACCCCUCGGGAG